CCCGCCUCGGCCCCCUAUAUAACCCCCCAGGCGUGCACACUCCCUCACUGCCGCGGCCCUCUCUGCUCACACGCACAUGCCUCCCCGCCCCAGGCCGAGGCCCAGCUGACCCCCAGGGCUCCCACGGCAGCGGACAGGGAAGGGUUAAAGGCCCCCAGCCCCCUGCCCCCUGCCCUGGGGAACCCCGGCCCUGUGGGGACAUGAACAGUGUUUGCUGCCUGGUCCUGGCCGCCCUGAGCCUGUGGCCCGAUAGAGCUGCUGCCCCGGGGCCGCCGCCCGCCCCGCCGCGGGCCUCCCCGGACCCUCGCGCAGAGCUGGACAGCGCCGUGCUCCUGACCCGCUCCCUCCUGGCGGACACUCGGCAGCUGGCCGCACAGCUGAGAGACAAAUUCCCAGCUGACGGAGACCACAGCCUGGAUUCGCUCCCCACCUUGGCCAUGAGUGCGGGGGCGCUGGGAGCCCUGCAGCUCCCGGGAGUGUUGACGCGGCUGCGGGCAGACCUGUUCAACUACCUGAGGCAUGUGCAGUGGCUGCGACGUUCAGGAGGCCCUUCCCUGCGGACCCUGGAGCCCGAGCUGGGCACCCUGCAGGCCCGGCUGGACCGGCUGCUGCGCCGGCUGCAGCUCCUGAUGUCCCGCCUGGCCCUGCCCCAGGUGCCCCCAGACCCCCCGGUGCCCCCCCUGGCGCCCCCGGCCUCAGCCUGGGGGGGCAUCCGGGCGGCCCACGCCAUCCUGGGGGGGCUGCAGCUGACGCUCGACUGGGCCGUGCGGGGCCUGCUGCUGCUGAAGACUCGGCUGUGACCCUCUGCCCAGAGCCACCCGCGCCGUUCAAAGCCAGAUCUUAUUUAUUUAUUUAUUUCGGGAUGGAGUUGUGGCGGUCAGAGGAUUUCCCCCCCACUCCAUUCUCUCCUAGUUAGAGACGAUCCCUCCAGGAUCCAUCCCGGAGACCUGGGCAGAGGGGCAUCUGUGCCUUAUUUAUACUUAUUUAUUUAACAGGGGUGGUGGGAGGCAGGUGGACCCCAAGCUUCCUGAGGAGGCGGGAACUUGGCUCCCAGAUUCGUGGGUCUCUAAGAAGUCUGGCCACAGUGUCUCCCUGACCCCCACCCCUCUGGGCCUGGGCAGGAGCAUAUUAUUAUUUAUUAAACUAUUAACUUUUUAUGUUGGGGUGGGCAGGGAGGGGGAAAGGAGGCCUGGGUUUUUGUACAAAAAUGUGAGAAACCUUUGUGAGAUGGA